GCCCCGCUCGCGGCCGCCGGCUCCCGCGGGCAGCAGGGGGAUGCGCGCCUGCGCUGGCCCUAGCCUCGGAGCAGCCAUGAUGGAAGGCCUGGACGACGGCCCGGACUUCCUCUCAGAAGAGGACCGCGGACUUAAAGCAAUAAAUGUAGACCUUCAAAGUGAUGCUGCGCUGCAGGUGGACAUUUCUGAUGCUCUUAGUGAGCGGGAUAAAGUAAAAUUCACUGUUCACACAAAGAGUUCACUGCCAAAUUUUAAACAAAACGAGUUUUCAGUUGUUCGGCAACAUGAGGAAUUUAUCUGGCUUCAUGAUUCCUUUGUUGAAAAUGAAGACUAUGCAGGUUAUAUCAUUCCACCAGCACCACCAAGACCUGACUUUGAUGCUUCAAGGGAAAAACUGCAGAAGCUUGGUGAAGGAGAAGGGUCGAUGACGAAGGAGGAAUUCACAAAGAUGAAACAGGAACUGGAAGCUGAAUAUUUGGCAAUAUUCAAGAAGACAGAUGCGAUGCAUGAAGUGUUCCUGUGUCGUGUGGCGACAUCCUUUUUGAGAAAAGACUUAAAUUUCCAUGUUCUUGGAAUUAAUCAAGAUUUGAGUGUGCGAGGAAAAAAUAAAAAAGAGAAACUUGAAGAUUUCUUUAAAAACAUGGUUAAAUCAGCAGACGGAGUAAUCGUUUCGGGAGUAAAGGAUGUAGAUGAUUUCUUUGAGCAUGAACGAACAUUUCUUUUGGAAUAUCAUAACCGAGUUAAGGAUGCAUCUGCUAAAUCUGAUAGAAUGACAAGAUCCCACAAAAGUGCUGCAGAUGAUUACAAUAGAAUUGGUUCUUCAUUAUAUGCUUUAGGAACUCAGGAUUCUACAGAUAUAUGCAAGUUUUUUCUCAAAGUUUCAGAACUGUUCGAUAAAACAAGAAAAAUAGAAGCACGAGUGUCUGCUGAUGAAGACCUCAAACUUUCUGAUCUUUUAAAAUAUUACUUAAGAGAAUCUCAAGCUGCUAAGGAUCUCCUGUAUCGAAGGUCUAGGUCACUAGUGGAUUAUGAAAAUGCUAAUAAAGCACUGGAUAAAGCAAGAGCAAAAAAUAAAGAUGUUCUACAGGCCGAAACUUCCCAACAAUUAUGUUGUCAGAAAUUUGAAAAAAUCUCUGAGUCUGCAAAACAAGAACUUAUAGAUUUUAAGACAAGAAGAGUUGCUGCAUUCAGAAAAAAUUUAGUGGAACUGGCAGAGUUAGAACUGAAGCAUGCAAAGGGUAACCUACAGUUGCUGCAGAACUGCCUGGCAGUGUUAAAUGGAGACACAUAAGCCACACUCCGCCUUCCUGUUAAAAAGGGCUGCCUUCCUUCAAAUGUUAUUUUUGUUUUCUUAAUGAUGUUAAGCAUUUAUGCUCACUGGAAACCAACAGAAAACAGCUGAAAAAGUGCAUCUACUCCUCUUUUUCUGAGAAACAUGGAGCAGCACACACCUAGGCGAUGCCAGUCUGUGUGCUGUGAUGCUGCACUGUGUUCUCCAGGACAGUGGUCCAUCAUCGUGCACUUGUCAUACUCAGAAGUCCAAAGUUCAUUCUUCUUUAAAGUAGCCUCUAUAACUCUGUUUAUUUUAUAAAUAGUAUUCCUUAUGGCUGCCAAUCUUAUUUACCUUUAAAUAAUUUCUGAAGUUUAACCUUUUCAGAAUGCAUUGUUCAAACAAGAUGAAGAUUGCCUUUUUUGAAUUUUUUUUAAUUUUGUUUUUAAAAGCAUUAUAUACCACCUUAGUUCAUUCAUGUAUCCUGGUAAAGCAUCUUAAUCAGACUUAUUUUUAAUUACUGAAUAUUUCUUAGAAGUUUUGGGACAGAUUUUAUGUAAUCUUUGUAAGUAUGAUUUCUGAAGAAAAGCAAAUGCAUUAGUAUGUUUGCCUUAAACUUGUAGACUAAACCAAUUAUUGUAAAAUAAACAGCGAUAACAGUGAUAGUUUUUAACUCUCUGGUAAUUGUAUCACUCUGGAAAAUGUGGAGUAGCUGUAAUAAAUCUACUCCUAUAUAAUGCUUUACAGUG